CAGUUAACGAGACUGAUUUUCCAUUUCAAGGCUGGAAGCCUGUGGAAUAAGAGGGUCAGCUCUCAUUGUAACUUUUUCUAGAGAAGAAAAGGAAGGAAUUCGACUUUGGCAUUUGGAGUGAACUGGACUGGAUGGGAAUGGAACUAGGCAUGGCCCAAACCAGGCUCUUACCCCUCAAGCUCCUUUUGCUCUUUCCAGCUCUUGCCUGCCUCAGCUCAGGAGAGACCCAGGUGGCAAGAGUGAAUGAACCUGCUACCUUUUCAUGUGACUAUAAUAUUCCUAAGAAGGAAAUGACAAAUUAUCGAGUCUACUGGCAAAAUGCUGAGAGAGUAGUACAGGCCUAUGUACCUGGGAAAAAGAUCGAAGAGCUCAUCGACCCCUCUUAUGUGAAUAGGACGACUGCAAUUGACUUGUCCAAUAACCUCUCUGUCACGAUCCUUUCUCUACAAGUGCCGGAUGAGGGCACCUAUGAGUGUAUAGUACAGAAAUUGGUAGGAGGACAAUACAAACGUGUCCACAAGCUUGAUGUGAAAUUAUCGAUUAGAGCUGACUUCUCAGAUCCUAAUAUCCUUAUGCAUGAAGGAGAAUUGUCUCAGAGGAUAACUUGUUCAUCUAGCAAAGGUUAUCCACAACCUAAGCUCUUCUGGUUGAAAGAUGGGAAAGAACUAGCUUCCUUCAACACCACCAUUUUCCAAGACCCAACAACUAGGCUGUAUAGUAUUGACAGUGAACUCUGCGUCAAUCAAACCAACAAUUUCUCUUUAACCUGCUUAAUCACGUAUGGUGAUUUUCAAGUGUCAACAAAUGUUACAUUAAAAAGAGACGUACCCCCUGAGCCAACUCUCCAACCAUCCAUCAUUGCUUCUAUAGUGAUAAGUAUCUGCUUUUUCUUCAUAGCCUUGAUACUGUAUCUGAAACGACACCACUGCCAGUUCUGUAAACAACCAGAGGCUGGCCUCUACUCUGUCCCCCAAGGACUCGCUGUGGCAGCCACAGAGGAAGAGGCAAAUGACUUGGUGUUCCCACUAGCCAAUGUUGAACGGGCUACAACAUCUGGCAAGGCAGCCAGUGUGUGAAGGUCCCACCUGGCUUUUCUUCAGAAUGUCUUGAUGUCCAUCCAGACUGUCCUCGCCCCUGCCCCAGGUUUAUUUACUCUAAUUCUUGGAUGCCUCUCUACCUUCUCUCAGUGGCUUCUCAGCGGGAAGGAAAUGGAAGAGGAAAGAAGCAGAAGAACUUCUGAUAACUUUAACCAGCUGCAUUUAUUCUGGAAUUUGUCAGAGCUAGAAAGAGCCUGGGACAUCCUCUCUCAUUUCACCCAGGGGACCUAGGAGAACCAGAGGUUCAAGGUUACAUUAAGCAACACAUCAGAGACCAGAACAAAGCUCCUUCCACUGGAGCCCGCUAUCUCUCUGUCAGGGAAGUGAAUUUCAUUUGAUCUGGUUUCUGAAUUAAGCCCUGGGGAGAUGUGUAUAUUGCUGCUAGGGAGACAAAAUGCAGCAUAUGAGACUACAUGUAAAAGAUACUUUGCUUUGGGGGUGGGGGGUUAAUCAUGGAGACAGUUCCUUUUUCACUGUUCUCCUUUGCUGCUUUUCUUCUUUGUUUCAACUUUCCCCCCAGGGCCUAGGAAAAAGUGGCAGAAUAGUCUCAAGCUCCUAAAAUAUUAAAGAUCUUGUCAGAGUUAAGUGGCUGGAGAGGUCAAAUGCAGUAGUCAGGAUCAGGGCAGUUCCAGGAACCAAGUAUUCUGACACACCUCUAGUUCAUAUUGGACUGAUAGUUUUCCCUAAAUGGCUUUAAGCUAUAUUUUAAUUUGUUAAUAAAACAUUUUUUAUGAAAGUUCUCAUUCAUGAUGAA